AGUCAGUCCUUGUGCUGUAGCAGGAGGAGUAGUUCUUUCUUUCUUGCCAUUAUUCAUCGAGUCCUAAACCGCUUUAUCUUGGGUUUUUCUCAAGUAGAGAAAGAGAAAAGAAACACUAGCAAAACGGAGUUUGUCCUCAUGUUUUUGCAUUUGAUUCGAGUUUCUAUCUGAUUCAUUUCACAAUUCUCUGUGUAUAUACACUUCUUCUCUCUAUAUCAUCUCUUUACCUCUUACAUCUGUUAAUUGUAUUUAUAUAAAUCAAUAAAACCUACUUUUUUUAAUUUAUCUCCGUGACCAUGAUGAUGACCAGAUGAUUCUAUGAUCUCCAUUAAUUUUAAUGGUUUUUCUUUACAAGAACCGUCCUUGAUCAGAGGAAAAGACUGUAUUUUGAGAUUAUUCCAUGGAUACUACUAAUAAUAAGGGAAACAAUAACAACCAUCAAGUUCAGUUUCUCCAACAACAAUUACAAGUAGAAGAGCAACAUCAACAACAACAACUGCAACAGAUUUCGUACGGGAUGAUGAUGCAAUCUACAACACAAUCAUCACCUACUGCAAAUUUUAUAAGUAGCGGUAAAGAUACUGGUGGUAAUAAUCAUACUACUGCUAGUACUACAGGAGCUUAUGAUUUGGGUGAGUUAGAUCAAGCUCUGUUUAUGUAUUUUGACGGUCAUGAUCAUCAGAAUCAGCAUCAACCAUCAUCAGCCCAAGAACAAAGACAUCAGAACUCAACACCUGGGAUCAGACCUCCAACUUUGAACAUUUUUCCUUCUCAACCAAUGCAUGUUGAACCUUCUCCUACAAGACCAAUUGGAACAAGUAAUUUAAUUUCAUCAAAAAGCAGUGGGGUUGGUGGUGCCAAGAGACCAUCCGAAGUACCAUCCAUGGAGUUGAAUAACACGAGUUGCAGAAAUAAUAACGAUAUAGCUUCAGGAAAUAGCGAAGCAUCUAAAGUUAUAAAACGAGAAGGAAUUCGAAAGGUUGCUACAUCAAGUAAUUCAGAACAUGAGGGACCUAAAACACCAGACCCUAAAACAUUAAGGAGGUUAGCUCAGAAUAGAGAAGCAGCUAGAAAAAGCAGAUUAAGAAAGAAGGCUUAUGUUCAACAGUUAGAAUCAAGUAGGAUUAAAUUAACUCAACUCGAACAAGAACUUCAAAGGGCAAGAGCUCAAGGCGUGUUCUUAGGGGGAGGAGCUCAUCUUCUAGGAGAUCAAGGUCUUCCUGUGGGUAUCAGUAAUAUCAGCUCAGAAGCAGCAGUUUUCGACAUGGAAUACGCCAGGUGGCUUGAGGAACAUCACAGAAUCAUGUGUGAACUUCAAGCAGCAGUUCAGGAACACUUACCUGAGAACGAAUUACGACUAUUUGUAGAAAAUUGCUUAGCUCACUAUGAUGAAUUGAUCGGCUUGAAGAAUAUGAUCGUUAAAACCGAUGUUUUUCAUCUUUUUUCUGGUAUGUGGAAAACUCCAGCUGAGCGUUGUUUCAUUUGGAUGGGUGGAUUCAAACCAUCGGAGCUUAUUAAGAUGCUUUUGAGUCAAAUCGAACCACUGUCAGAACAACAGAUCUUGGGUAUAUGUGGGCUCCAACAGUCAACACAAGAAGCUGAGGAAGCUUUAAGUCAAGGGCUUGAUGCGCUACAUCAAUCACUCUCAGACACCAUUGCUUCUGAUGCUCUGAGUUAUCCAUCUAACAUGGGUAACUACAUGGGUCAGAUGGCUGUUGCCAUGAACAAGAUCUCCACUCUUGAAGGUUUUGUUAGACAGGCUGAUAAUCUGAGGCACCAAACGUUACAUCGGCUGUAUCAAUUGUUGACGGCUCGGCAGUCUGCAAGAUGUUUCUUAGCCAUUGCUGAAUAUUUUCAUCGCCUUCGAGCUCUUAGUUCUCUCUGGCUCUCUCGUCCCAGACAAGAAUAGUGAUAUCGAUCGAUUACACAAUACCAUUUCCAUCCAUACCCAUUAAUCAACCUAUAAUUCAAUAUACUAUUUUCUCUUAAAGUUCUUCAUUUGCUAAUUGUUGUUUUUCUUCUCUGCUCUAUCUUCUUAACUACUAUUUAAGGGAUACUGGAUUAGGUAUAUGAUGGCAUGCAGAUACUUAGUUUUCUCAACAUCAGCAGCAGCGCCACUAGCUAGUACUCUUUUGUUUCCAGUACUUGUUGUAUACAUAACUUAGUGAUGAUAGAUGUAAAGAAUGAAGGUAGUGUUGAAGCCACUCUACAUUAAACAAAACUGACUCUCUCUCACUGAGAAGAAUGCGAUAUCCGCGUAUUUUCUUGUUAA